AUGCCUAAUACAAGAUCGAAGAGCAGGAACUGUGGUGGAUCUAAGUCGAAAUAUAUGCGUUAUGAAAGUGGCGGAAACGAAUACAAAGAUGAUGGCGCGCAAUUGAUGGGAAGUUUUUCUAUGAAUGGAUUGAAGAAUUGUUUUGGAAAUACAACGGAUCUGGCACAGCAGGAGACUGGAGGUUUGUACAAAGUGGAAAUGUACAUUGUAUUUGUUCAUUUGUCCAAUGUCAUUCGUAUUCUUCAUUUGUCCAAUGUCAUUCGUAUCAUCUCACCUUCUCGCUAUACGUACAUGCACAUGAUCUCGAAUCAGGAACUGUAUGAACACAAAUUCGUCAGGUGCCAUUUAUUCUCGCGGGUAUUCUCAGCUUUCCUCGAAAUUCUCCGCUUCUAAUGUCAUUCCCGCGUGAACUCAAAAGACAAAAUCCCGCAAAUUCGGAUUGGUUCGCGCUGUGUGAAAGUUAAUGCGCGUUUAUACGUCAAGCCACAAACGCCGAGCAAAGAAAUAUUUUAUGCUAUAGCGGCCUGAACAGUAAAAGCUCUUCAUGUAUAUACAGGCGAGCAAGUUCAUCUUAACAAGUUUUGUUGCUAGUCUGCAGUGAAUGUUGAUAAACAUUUAUCUCACGUCAAGAGCCUUUUGUUUGCCAAAACCAUAGAAGAAUUUCUUGUACAAUGUCAAGUUUUCUUAGCUUAAACUCCCUAAUCUUUUCCCGUCCGGGUUGAUUUGAAUAAUCCUCAUUUUAGAUGAUUUUCAUUUCAAAUGUGAAUGCGCUUUUGGACGAGAUAAUUUUGAAGAAUUGAAAUGGUCACAAUGAUUAAUUUUAUAGUUUACCAGUUUUUCUAUUUAAGACUAUUUUCUGUUUGAGGGUUCUCUUACAGUCGUAAUAUAUCGUCUGGCGUUAUAAUAAUCUAUGGCUACGCCGACCAGAUAGCUUUCCGUAGCGACGUGAAAAACAUCUAUCCGGAACUUUUAGGAACGCUGUUUUCAGAGGAAUUAUUGCAACGGAGAGAUGUUGUUUCGCUCAGCUUCUGAAAGUUGUACAUUCCGUAUCGGAUAUAGGCGGUUUGUCGCAUCGCUACGCCCACGAAAAGCUAUCCUUUGUGGAAACGUAGCCUAUGUACAGCCAAUAUUAGCCUUCUGACUCAUUCAGAAAUUUCUAUCAUUGACUCAAAUAUGUGUGUUUCAAUAUAACAUUAUUCCUGAAUGUCCAUUAUAUAUCAUUGACGUCGCUUUGAAAAUAUACAUCAUUUAAAUUAUGUCAUUAAUCUUGUAGUGUUAAAGUCUUAUGAGAUAUCUGAAAGAAUUAAGAUCACAUUUAAACCGCGCUAAAGAAUUAAGUUCUAUAGAUAUAACUCUAAUAUAUUUGCUUUCUACGUUCCUGAAGAGAUUUUUGCAAAAUCUCAUUUGCGGAUGGCAGUCUUAGGGUGAGAAUAUAGAAAAGCAAUUGUAUCAGGUCUAUGUAAGUGGUUUCAACUCACGAGAAAUUAGUAUUUAAUAAGUACAGAAAUGAAAAUUAUACAUAGUGCGAAAUCGCGGCCCAAAAGUAGUAUAAGCAGACAGUUCAUCAUUGCUUUUCAGAUGACUAUUUCGUUAUCAGAACCUGAAAAUCCUAUUCGUGCUAGAUUUGAGAGACAAAAUCAGGUUUUAAGCGGGCAAGCCCGAUAAUGCAUGCAGGAAAAAUUAAUUAUUUUUGAUAUUAAGCCUUAGGAAGUGAGGCGUGUAAAAUGUAGCUUAGCUAUUUAAUUACUUACCGUUAUUUAUAUUGGCUUUUUGUAAAUAGAAAUUGGCUUCAACAGACCACAAUAAAUUCCUGACUUUUUGAAACGGGCUUCAAGCCAACAUAUUUAUAAAGUCGGAGCCCCUGUAAUAAAAGGAUAACUCUCGGGUUAAACUAGGACUCUUUUCCAUUCAUCGCAAGAGUCAACUCGCAAGCUUGUUGCAAGUACUUUCAUGCAGAUUCAAGCACACCACGCAGCGAGCUCGUGCGCUGGUUUCUUGCGAUGAGCGUCAGGCACACACCCCUCGACACAAAUCUCCUCCAGUACCAAUGUUAAUAAAACAUAACUCCCUCUUUCAAGAUAUCUGUUUAUAUAAUGGGGGUAUCAACUGUACUCUGCACUCUACACUCUACACUCUACAAUCUCCUACUUUAACCUAUUAUAUAAAAGGCUUUCAAUAGGCCCUUCCAAAGUUAAGGAUGCCAUCUUGAAUCUAUUGUUUUCACUAUUGUGUUUGCACGUCCUGUAAAUUUACCUAUAGGCAAUUCCAUUGUGUCUGCACCCCUUGCACUAUUGUGUUUCAUUAUGGCGGUUAACCUUGGAAGGGUCAAUAUACCAGGUGAAAAGUAAUUAUGCUUCGAUUUACAUUCGAUAUCUUACUUAAUUAGUUACAUUGUCAAUUUGUCUCCAAUUAUACCUACCAAUUAACGAAUUCUAUAUAAAGUUGCUCAUCGCCAGCUGCAUUUUCGUAACGCAGAAUUUUUGUUGCUUCAAUUUAAGGUGGAGAUUUUUUUGAUGAUUCUCCUGAGUUCAAAGUAAAUCCAAAUGAACGAACGUUAUGUACGAAAAGCAGGAAAGCACAAAGUAAUGAAACAUUGCGCUGGUGAGUUAUGACUGCGUACUUGUCUUGAGUAUAUGUCACCUCAGAACAGCUCAUGUACUCUAGCUUAUAGAAGUAGGAAAAUGAACUAAAUCUCUCAAUAAACGUUACUGUUGAUUACCCUUCAAUAUUUGCACGACUUCUGGUUGGAGCUCGACAACUGGACUCUGUUGGUUACAGCUUGACAACUGUCUCUCAGUAGCUUUGUAGCUCAGUUGGUUAGAGCUCGACAACUGUCGCUCUGUAGCUCAGUUGGUUAGAGCUCGACAACUGUCUCUCUGUAGCUCAGUUGGUUAUAGCUUGACAACUGUCUCUCUGUAGCUCAGUUGGUUAGAGCUUGACAACUGUCUCUCUGUAGCUCAGUUGGUUAGAGCUUGACAACUGUCUCUCUGUAGCUCAGUUGGUUAGAGCUCGACAACUGUCUCUCUGUAGCUCAGUUGGUUAGAGCUUGACAACUGUCUCUCUGUAGCUCAGUUGGUUAGAGCUUGACAACUGGACUCUUUGGCUCAGUUGGUUAGAGCUCGACAACUGUCUCUCUGUAGCUCAGUUGGUUAGAGCUUGACAACUGGACUCUUUGGCUCAGUUGGUUAGAGCUUGACAACUGGACUCUUUGGCUCAGUUGGUUAGAGCUCGACAACUGGACUCUUUGGCUCAGUUGGUUAGAGCUCGACAACUGGACUCUUUGGCUCAGUUGGUUAGAGCUCGACAACUGGACUCUCCGGCUCAGUUGGUUAGAGCUCGACAACUGGACUCUUUGGCUCAGUUGGUUAGAGCUCGACAACUGGACUCUCCGGCUCAGUUGGUUAGAGCUCGACAACUGGACUCUUUGGCUCAGUUGGUUAGAGCUCGACAACUGGACUCUCCGGCUCAGUUGGUUAGAGCUCGACAACUGGACUCUUUGGCUCAGUUGGUUAGAGCUUGACAACUGGACUCUUUGGCUCAGUUGGUUAGAGCACUACACUGGAAUCGCAGGGCGGCAGGUUGGAUUCCUACCAGAGGGGCUAUACUGUAGUUUCAUUUUUCACAACUGUUCCUGGUUAGAUCUAAUAAAUAUAUAAAAUUCACACUCAAAAUUUUCAUCUGCAAAACCUUUCAACAAGUAGUUCUAUCACGUGAGAUGUCCAAAGUCGUGCGAUUUACACAAACACCUUCGAAAUCUAUCUAUAUUUAGUAGAAACAUACUCUACUCGCUAUCUAUUUCUUAAUAGAUGGCGAGUAACAAAACAAUAAUUUUGCAGGCGCACUUUUUCGCGGUGUUUUCUGAGCUACGAACUUGAUUGCUUACUUGGGAUUCCACUGAAACAAUUGGAUUACUCACUCUCGAUUUCUAUGAGGUGAUAGUUGAUUCGGGCUUCGCCCUCAUAGAAAUCUCGAGCUCGUAAUCUAAUUGUUAAGUAGAAACGUAACUAUAUGAAGUUCUGUUCUAGGCUCGAGGAGAACUACGUGAUGUGCGAAGGUGUAUGUUUACCAAGAUGUAUCCUCUACGCUCACUAUCUUGAUUUCUGUCGUUCGCAUAAACUGGAGGCUGCCUGUGCCGCCACGUUUGGCAAGGUAAGAUGUGUGCGUGGUAGACCGAAGGUAGUUUAGUUUAGGUUUCCUCCUGUAGUAACACUGGAUCAAUAUUAAGAGAUGAUCCUUACUGGACCGCUAGGGAGAACAGUUUAGAUCUAUCCACUUUCCAGUAUAAAUAAAGUUAGUUUAGUUUAUGUUUCCUCCUGUAGUAACACCAUAUCAAUAAGAGAUGAUCCUUGCUGGACCUCUAGGGAGAACAGUGUUAGAACUAUCCAGUAUAAAUAAAGUUAGUUUAGUUUAGGUUUCCUCCUGUAGUAACACUGGAUCAAUAAGAGAUGACCCUUACUGGACCUCCAGGGAGAACAGUUUAGAUCUGUCCAAUAUAAAUAAACUUUAGAUUUCCUCCUGUAGUAACACUGGAUUAAUAAGAGAUGGUCCUUACUGGACCUCUAGGGAGAACUGUUUAGAUCUGUCCAGUAUAAAUAAACUUUAGGUUUCCUCCUGUAGUAACACUGAAUCAAUAAGAGAUGACCCUUACACUGGUCCUGUAGGGAAAAAGGUUUAGAACUGAUAGAGCUAUCGAAUAUAAAUAAAGUUUCCAUUUUCUCCUAUAUUAUUUUAGAUAAUCAGACAAAAAUUCCCCGAACUAACAACCCGGCGAUUGGGAACGAGAGGACACUCAAAGUACGAACAUACGAUAUCAUUGUUGUUGGGAAAUACAGUGUUGUAUUACAGAGCAAAUCAUUGAUAAUCUUUUUUCAUAGGUAUCAUUAUUACGGGAUUGGAAUCAAAGAAACUUCGACUUAUUAUCAUUCCGUUUAUUCUGGCAAAGGAUUGACAAGGUUUGUUCACUUUUGUAUCAUGGUUUGUUUGGCAGCUCUAACCCUUUCGAGCGAUUUAAAAAUUUGUACACACAUAGUUUUUGUAAAAAAAAGUAAAUGUAUGUAAUCUCGCGUUCGUUUUAACAUUUUCUUUGUAAUUUUUUUCAGGUUUUCAGGCACGAAGAUUAAAAGCAAGGUAAACCUAAAACGACAAUGCUAUCAACCUUCACAUCAGUUAUACAAGACCUCGUAUGUAUGUUUAUGAGUCUUAGAUUUUGUUUCUUUCUACUUAGGGUUCAUUUCUCAGAAAAUAUUCUCCAAGUUCUCGGACUGGAACAUUGUUACCAGAUUUUCCAAAUCCCCAAAUCCUACAGUUACCGGAAUUGGCGCCACUUGAAAAGGUAUCUUAGAAGAUCUGAAAUGGUCCUUCGAGCCGGAUGGUUAUUUUCGGUUUUAUAUAUUUAACACGUGUUAAUUUAUGUAUCUAGGUUGAUACAUUGAUCAUCAUGUAUAAAACACAUUGUCAAUGCAUUCUCGAUACAGCCAUCAACUCAAAUUUCAACGAGGUAAAAAUUUGAUUCAUUUCAUCUUCACCAUAAUUACAAUUAGUACUGGAGGAUUUCAAACAGCGUUAGGAAUUAAUAAUGGUCGACAACUUCCGAACUACAGGGUGUUUAAAAAAACCCCAAAACUAUUGAAAUAACGAGUAUUGUUAGAAUUUGAAUGCCUCAACACUCUGCUGAACCCACAAGUGCAUAAUUAAGCUUAACAUAACUAGUAAAUUGUGUGCAUAAAGAAACUGUUUAAUUUUAAAUUCCCAAGAGCAGAAAAUCGUGCGUCAGUUUACAAAGAUAUUUCUUAAUAAGACAAUAUUUAUAAUAUAUGCACCCUGUCAAUAUUUUACACAUCUUUGCGUUCAGCUUAGUGCUAGGGCAUUCAAAUUCUAACAAUAUGUACGUUAUUUCAAUAGUUUUGGUUUUUUUGGGGACAUCCUGUAUAAUACUUUUUGUUUGUGGAAAAAAAAGUAUUAUAUGUUUUAUUGCCAUGCAAACCUACAAAUAACUUAUUUAUUUCCAAACUGUUACUUCCAAAUAUAAUGAAAUAAUUAAUAUUAUUUUCUCACUCUGAAAAGUGCAAGUUACCCUUCAUCUGCUCACCGUAUCUGCUGCAUGAUACACUUAGUGAAACCCAAGAAUAGAUACCAAAUUUUUCUGAUUCUCCCCAGAUCAAAAGUUUCCUACACCAUUUCUGGCAAGGAAUGCCAAAUCAUUUGCUGCCAAUUUUACAAGUCGAAGUCGUCGCUAACCUCAUUUGUUUAUGUGACUCAAUUUUGUACAAAGUAAGGCUAUUAUAAUUAUUCAUUACGAAUUUUCAAAUGAAUUAUUCAAAAGCAUUGAAUGUUCUUGUGUUUGCUUCUCAUGUGUAGGUUCUUAUUGAUGUUUUAAUCCCAAGCACCAUGCAAGACAUGCCUGAAGAGUAAGUAUGAGUAGUUCAGACGUGAUAGAGAUGUUCAGUAUUCGGUUGGCUAUUGUAUGUUUCCUUCUAGUGUAUGUUUCCUUUACUGGACCUCUAAGUAGAACAGUUCAGAACUGAUAGAGGUAUCCCGUAUAAAUAAAGUUAGCUUAGUUUAGGUUUCGUCCUGCAGUAAUACUGGAUCAAUAAGAGAUGAUCCUUACUGGACCUCUUGGAUGAACAGUUUAGAACUGAUAGAGCUAUCCAGUUUAAAUAAGGUUUCGGAAAAGUUAGUUUAGUUUAGGUUUCCUCCUGUAGGUUACUGGAUCAAUAAGAGUGAUCCUUACUGAAUCUCUAGGAAGAACAGUCUAGAACUAAUAAAGUUAUCCAGUAUAAAUAGAGUUAGUUUAGUUGGAGUAAUAAUAAUCUUGUCUAUUUAGUUUGUUAGCUGAUGUCAGAGGUUUUGCCCGCCAUAUUGAAAAAUGGGUGAAGACAUCCCUGGACGGAUUUCCAGAGUACUUGGUUUGCUGCAAACUCCAAGGUAAAACAUAUUGCAUAAAACAUGAAUUGUCAUUUUUAAAUGUAGUCAGACUAACGUUGUUUUAUUUCUAGUUACUCGUCAGUUUGCACUGUCAGUAAAACGACAAACGUCAUUCCUUCAUUUGGCUCAGGUACGUGUAAAUGCGUGGUUAUUAUAUGAAGUGUAUGCCUUUGUUAAGUAAGUUGCCCCUGUCGGUAAUCUUCUGUGGGCAAAAACUACAGUUAUAAACUAACAGACUUCAAUAUAUUGUAGUCUUUAAAUACUGACGAUGAAGUGCCUUCUUCUUGGUCAUUAAUAACACAAAAAGUCUUAUCUUAGUUAUCGAGCAUUAUAAUCCAACAUUUUAUAACUUACUAUUACUGUUGCAGACGGCAAGACCUGUGAUUCAAGACAAUGAAACGGCAGAGCAAAUGGCCAGCGACUUGGAGCAAGUUGAUUUAAGUUGUCUCGGAACUGAGGCCAUGUUCACAUCGUACGACGAACUCAAUAAGGGCAAUGAUAUUGAUAAAGAAGGUAUGUGAUGAGAAACUGGGGUGGGGGCGUACCACCACUCGUUUAAGACUGGCUACGCCCCUAAUGAUUUAUAUUAGAGAAGGUUAUCCAUCAAGACGCAUCAUUCGUCUAAAGGCUCAUUUCCAAGAAAAAUUUCCACGGACAGAAAAUUUUCAUAAAUAUCAUUGUUAAAAAUUGAACAUUUUCAACUUCAAAAUUUUUUUCCGAUGGAAAAUUUGUGUCGGCCAACCACAUUUUACAAAAUUUUCUUUCUGCGGAAAAUUUUCCUGAGAGGAAUUGGGCUUAAAGUAUCAUAAGCCUUGGUACAAACACAAGACAAACUAUCCAGACAAACGAGCUAGAAUGGCGUCAUCUAUACUGGCAUAGAACAUUUCUUAUAUUUUGCUAUUUAAUUAACUAUAAUAUUAGUCGAAACGAGCUCCACGGCAUGCAUGCUCAUCUAUGUAGACCCUGGUGAAGAACUGCGCAGAUAGACUACCUUGAAUGCUGAUUCGUCUUUAAUGUAGGCUCUAAUUAUUCCUGCGGCAGUAUAUAAGUUAUUCUAACCUCAUCUGUCUGUACAGUUUUAGAUAUGUUGAGAACUUUGCUGGAGAAACCUGCUCCUGUCGAGGACUACGUCGAAUGGAUGGAUAAAAUUGUUGAACGAAGACUAAUGAAGGUGGGAAAUGACAUUGCAAAGAAGAAUGUUCCCUUACAUACUUUUCAGAAUUCGUCGCGUCUGAAUACUUCGCCUUGUAGUUUUAAAUGAUUGUUGUAAUUCUGACACUUUCUAGCCUCAACUGGAAUCUGAAAGCAACUUCAAAGCGAGAGCUCAAGAAUUUUUACUUCAGUGGUCUUUUACUGGAGGAAGACUCAUGCAUAAUCUCACGUUGAACAAUUGUACAAGUUUCGGUAGGUUUUUGAUACUCCGUAUCAAUAAAUUAGGUUUGUUUUGCCUGUAGUAACACUUGCCUAAUAAAAGGUGGACAUGAACGUACUGAAGUUUAGCAAUGAUGAGCUAUCCAGUAUAAAUGAAGUUCGACUGAUGGCUAUGCAUUUCUCUUGUGUUAAAGGAUCAUUUCAUCUGUUACGUAUGCUUAUGGACGAGUACAUGUUACUUGCAAUUGAAACAAAACUAAACGAGGAUUAUGAAAACAACAUACAGGAAAAUCUGGACAAAUGUCUGAAGAAAGGUUUGUGGCACGCUUAUUCCUCUACAUCAAAAUGUUUUGCUUUCAGUACACAAUGAAUGAGCACUAUCUGAUGAACGACAGUACUUUGUGAAAGUCAUCAAGUUUUGUUAGGUGUUAUCUUUGUUGGUUUCUGUAAGCGUUACAGAACAGAAAAUGGUAAAAUUUUUGACGUUUCCUACUCUUUCUAGAUGGAAACAUGAACAAAUCAAUUCGCAUGACAUCGUUCAGUAUGAAAACAAAGUUUACAGUUUCUGCCACCCAGGCGGCAAAAACAGACAUUCAGCCUCAACACAACUCAAAGCCCGCCACUCAAAGAAAGAAAUCCACCAAUCAAAAACCAAGUUCUCUGUGUUCAUGGUCGCAAAGUGGCCGAAAGCGGAAACGAAAGGUGAGUGAACUCGUUGAAAACAUGAAUGCCCUUCAAUAACCGUCAUGUGUUGGAAAACUAGUGCAAAAGGUUUGGCUGGCUUUACCUUACAAACCAUACCCUACCACACCAAACUUAAUACUAUACCAUACCAUAUAAUCCCCGAGCCGUUCCAGGCGUAAGCCUGGGGCAUAAUUCCGCUCGGCUAUUUAAACCCGGGGAAAGGAACGCACUAGCGAAGGCUAAAGUUCAUCAAUAAUCGCGGGCGCAUGGCUAUGGUUCAUCGUCACUGAGCUUUACUGUAUUACUGGAGGUGCUUCUAUCUCUCUUCAGUCAAACAAGUGUCGCCAAAACAUGGCGGAAUUUCACGUUGAUCCAUGACAACUACUUCAUGUUCGGAAAACAUAAUAGUUUUGUCAGUAAGGCGUGGUUUCUGCAUGCAUGUAUUUUCUAGUAUCAUACCAUAUCAUCUUUUAUCCUAUUUUAAGGUGGACGAAGGGAGUAACUAUAAAGAUCAUUCCCCGGGAACAGCAGCGUUGACUCCACCUGUCUCACCUCUAUAUAACCUGCAAAACGGGCAGACCUCUGCUGGCGUGGCCUGGUAUUACUCAGACCAGCAACCUACAGGAGAGAUCACGGACGUUUAUGGAUAUGAAGGGAUAAAGCGGUCUGUCGCGGUUCAACCAAGCCCCGAAGACAUUGAUGAUUUAGUGAGUCAACAUUUCCGAAAUUGUGGGGUGAAUCCCUCGUCCUCUGGGUCAGCGGAUUACGAUGAAGUGUUUCAUGAUCAGGAGCAUUACGCAUUUAGUCACGUGGCUAAUAGAUAUCCCGUCAUGCAACAGGUAUGGUCUAAAGGAUUUCGGAGAAAAAUGCAUAGUGCAUGUACACUAGACCUUUAAAGUGCAGCUAAUCCCAAUUCUUUUAACAUCUCAUUCUUAAGAACCUUUGAAAUGAUAUUGCAACUUAUUUUGAAGAUUUUUACUACGAUACUAGCUUUGAAGAUACUUUGUCCUUCACGAGUUAUUUCAGUUUUAUUGAUAUGCGAAUGUCCGCAAUUUACGUCACAUAUGGAUAAUGACUGAUCAAAGAAUGUAAGGUGCAGUUAAAUAUCAUGAAAUAUAAAGGCUAAAUGGUGUUUUACAUAGGUAUAUGUAAUCCUUCCACAACUCCAUGCCAAACUUCAUUUUAAUGAAUUAAACUCAUAGUGAAUACGAUACGCAAGCUUGUACUUUAAAGAUUAUGCAUUUGUGACGUAAAGUCCUAAUAUUUGCAUACCAAACAAACUGAAAUAUCUCAGGAACAAAGUGAGCAAACGAAAAUCUUCAAAAUAAGUUGUUAUAUCAUUUCAGAAGUUAUUAAGAAUGAAAUAAUAAAAAAUAAUUGAGGUCAGGUGCACUUUAAAGAUUGGACCUCCAGAGAGAACAGUUUAGAACUGAUACAAUUAUACCAGUCGUACACAAAGUUUGUUUAGUUUUCUAAAGGUGUUUUGUUUCUAGACGCAAGUUUCAAACAGUGCUUACUCGACCUUCAACCAACCCCACAAACAACCACACGAAUCAACACUUAUCCCACCCUACCCUCUAAUUCCACCACAUGUCAACUAUAACAAAACACAACAUCCACCCCAGUCCUCCAUGAUAUUCUACCCGGACGGAAACACGUCAGAAAGUAUGACUCACGAACACUUUGCCCCAUUCCCCUAUGACGAUGACGCGGAAAUGGGAGGCAAUGUGGACAACUUGUUUGGUGGAGCAUGCGCAUUUGAUGUCGAUGAUGUUGGUGACGCCAGUUCCCUGCCCUCGAUAAAUGCACUUCUUAGUACAGCAGUUCAAAUGUUCUAGUGCUUCGCUUCCUCCUCUGUAUAGGUUAUUUUGAGGCAACGAGGGGAUAUGUGAUUUAUUCACCGAGGUGAAUAAACAUAUAUCCCCCAGGUGCCUCAAAAUAACGUACUUAUUUUUCACAUUAUGAGGUCGCGUUAAUGAGUCAGAAUAGAAAUAAUUCGUAAUGCCAUAUUGCCUUCAUUAUGUUGUUUUUUUCUCAUUUUUUGUGCUGCAAAGACAUUACAGGUGAAUAUUAGAGGGGAUUAUUAAUUGCAGGUGAAUAUUAGAAGGGAUUAUUAGAGGGAAAUUGAUUAGAGGGGAAUAUUGAAUAUAUUCCUCGAUAAGAACAAAGGAAACCGAGCAGGGUGAAAAAUAAGCAUAUAUAUUAGAUGAUGUUUUUGAUGUUACUCUGAGUGUAUAUCCACACCGAGCAAACUGAAAAAUUAGCCUGACCACGGUGGGAAUCGAAUCUGCGACCUCUGGGAUAUACUAGUCCAAUGCUCUGCCAAUAUCGCAAAGGUUGCGGGUUUGAUUCCCACUGUGGUCAGGCGAACUUUUCAGCCUGCCCGGUGUGAUAUUCACCUGAGUACAUAUCACCAAAACACACAAAAAAAUAUUAUAUUAGAUGAUCUGGGAAGUUGAGUGAGUAUUCAACCUAUGAUUGGACAUGAGGCUUGUUUAUAUGGAAACCGGGCUGGCCUGCUUAGCGAGAGAAGCGCAGUAAGCGGGAUGAAUUCUCCUUGUGUUGACAUGAGAACAUUUCAUUCCGCUUGCCGGGACAAUUUUGUUGUUUUGAUAUGGUUUUGACAGAUAUCUAUCCAGGCAACCAGGCUCACAGCCCGCUUGUCCAUAUAAACGCACGAUCAUUUUUACUAUAAAAAUAACUACACAGCGAGAUCUCGCUUACCGGGCUGUCUCGCUUAGCAGGCCAGCCUGGCUUCUAUAUAUACCGAGGCCUUAAGGCAGAGCUAUUUCGCUCCUUUCUGGGUUUCUCCGCGAACUACUAGAUUACAAAGUUCCAAUUUCGAGGUUUGGUAUGAGUAAUGGGUCAUAUUUUUUAUCAACGCAAACAAAUAGAAACUAUUCCAAAUAUUUGCGGUUGCCAUAGAGUAUUUUAAUAAAACACAAAACAAUAGACACUCCAAAAAUUGUAAACAUUUUAAUUCUUUACGUUUGGACUAUAAUUUAAGUCAUCUUCAGAAGAAUGCCACGUAUUUCGAAAAGCCAACUAUAAGCUAGAUGCACGCAAGCAUCUAGCUUAUAAAUAGUUGGCUUUUCGAAAUACGUGGCAUUCUUCUGAAGAUGACUUAAAUUAUAGUCGAAACGUAAAGAAUUAAAAUGUUUACAAUUUUUGGAGUGUCUAUUGUUUUGUGUUUUAUUCCAAAUAAGUAGUCAAAUUAGUCAAAUUCAUAUUUUAAUAUUGAUUCGUAACAGUUCUUCUUGGUAAUGAAUAAUAUCUUUGGAUGAGCAAGUAAUUAAUGUUGAUUUUAAAAAAUGUUAACGUUUUGGCCAUUUUCGCCACUUUUUCAAUUUUGCAAAGAGUGACCAAAAAUGGUGACAAAGGAAAGGGGGUUAGCCUUACUAGUGACACUAGUAAUAAUAGAGCACGUUUUUACUAUUUUUUAUCGAUCUCUUUUUCAUUUUUAAAAAAGGGGCAAAAAAGUAAUGGUUAUAAUAUUUCGUCCAUUUUUAGCCACUUUUUCAUUUUUGAAAAAGGGGCAAAAAAUGGCAAAAAUGUAAGGCAGCCUUAACUUUUCGUCCCUUUUUGGCUACUUUUUCAUUUUUAAAAAAUUUGAAAAUAUUUGAAAUAUUUUCAGGUUUCAAGUUUAAGAUAAAUACACCUUUUGUUGAACAAUUUGUUGAUAAAAAGGGUCACUGAUUGCAAAGACACAGUACUCGUUCGUUUCCGGGUUGAAUUCCCAGAACAUGUACUGUAAAGUAGUUCCCAAAAAAGUAAUGUUUGUACUUUCAUGACAUAUUCUUGCGAAAGUUCAUUUAUUAUAAUUCGAGGGAGGGAGUGCCGGUUGGAUUAGGAGAUGGGGGCAGCCAUAGUUUUAAGAUAGUAAUUAUGACUUAGAGGGGCAGAAGCGGGUUAGGAGCUAUAGAUCACAUUCCCUCCAACCCGACCUUUUUUAUCAAUCUCAUUUCCCGGUAUAUGUUCUAGCCCAAUUCCCAGUAUUAUAUUAUAUAUUCCGAAUAUUAUCGCUAAUAUUGCUAGAUAAGCAGAGUCACAGACCUGCCAACCUUAGCGACUGAUAUAUAGGGCGAAUUCUUAUUGGGGCAUUCCAGAAAACAUCCAUACCACCCCCACAGAGGAAAUAGGAAGUUAAUCCCCCUAACCCCUUCAGAUGUCCUAAUACAUUUACUAUUAUCAGAAACAAUUUUGUCUGCCCUCCCCCUCUGGACGGCAGAAAUUUUCUCUGUGGGGUGAAUCUUUUCUGGAACAACCCAUUUAAACACUUAAUUUGGUGGGAGAAUUGGUUGUUUAGAGGGAGAAAACCCAUCAAAGCCCUUUUCAUUAGAGCAGUCAAAUUAGUGUUUUGCUCAAGUCCUUGACUAAUGUUAAAUUGGGCAAUAUCUUUGACUGAAAUACAACAGGAAGACGUGUUUUUAUUUUUUUCCCCUUUUACAUGUAGUUUUGCUUGUCUCCUACCAGACCUUAAAAUAUCGGUCAGUCACGGACAUUGUCCGACCCAUUCGUCAAAUUGUCCAACGUAGAGAGGAAACCACCGGACAUUCUGUCCGACCUAAGUGAAACUGAGGUUUAUUGUUUGUCCGACCCGAGUGAAUUGGUGUCCGACCAAACUGUAGCUUUGUCCGCCGCUUUCUCCAUGCACAUAAAUCAAAAUGUAUCCUAGCCCAGGACUAGAAGCUCCUAUUAAAUUUUCAAAAUCUCCCCUGCGCAAUUUCCAAACGUUCCAGUCAGGGUCGUAGAUUCCCACCGUGGCCAGGCAUAUUUUUCAAGCCUGCCUUGUGUGGAUAACUGGAUAUACACUCAGAGUAACAUCACAAACAUCAUAUUGACAGAUUCACCUGAGUACACUACACAGUGCCAUAGCCAGAACGAUAAUUGAGGGGGCACAUAUUCAUAUAUUCGUGUUCUGCUUUAUUGAUUUCUUUUGAAAUCAAUUGUUUUUAUGGUAUGUAAACACGAAUAUAUGAUUAUGUGCCCCCUCAAUUAUCGUUCUGGCUACGGCACUGACACUACACCAACGACCAACACAGCAAAUCAUAAAUAUCAAUAAAUUAUGAUAUUAAUUUCUUAACUAUGGUUUAUCUUAACCCACCUUAUCAGGCCCAUUUUUAGACCUUUUUACACUUCUUAAAAAAGGGAACAAUGACAAAAAGAAGAAAAAUGAGCUGAGAAGAACUGAAGUUUUGUUGGUAUGAUUUUUUUGAAAAAUUGAGCGGCCAUAUUGUUCGAGCCAGAACAAGCUUUGUUACAUGAAGUAAUAUCUUUACGUGAAAAACAGCCAGACAUCCAGUGCUGUAUACAGCCCAGUCUACGGCCCAGUGGCUCGGACAACUUCGGAUUUCCCGAUGUUCUACCGAAGAGAAAAUUUCUAUAAAUGAUGAAAUAAUAGUUCAUAUUUAGUAUUUUUCGCUAAUUUUAAAAUGUUUAGUGGGCAAAAGUUGUUGUGUUGCAAUCGUGGUUAAGUAGAAAAUAUGUGGAAAGCGAGAAUAACGAAGGGAAAGAGAUUAAAAUUGGAUUUAGUGCGUAUUUUUGAAAUAUUUACACCAAAUAUGAUAUAGUCCUCCCGCGCAUGCUCAAUGACGCCUGUGACGUCAUUUCAUACGGGACUUCAGCUUCAUCCACAGAGUUUUUGGCGGGAAAAUUUGUGAUGUUUGGAGAAGAGAAGAUGGCGCUGGUUACUUCGUGCCAUCAAAGGGCAUUUUUGUUUACAAAUACCCGCUUAUUAACUAACGACUGGUUAGUUUUGGAACUUUUAACUCAAUGGAAAGGGAAAACGAUUCUGUAGUAAAGAGAAAAAUACGUGCAUUGACUUUAUAUUGUGAUGUUAUUUGUUGUGAAAGACGGCCCGAAAUAUUUGCACUAUAUCGCUGUACUGGUUUAUAAAAAAAUCUACUGGUAAUUCGACCAUGGAUAAAGAGACAACGCUUGAAUGAAAGAACAGCCUGUCUUAAUGGUAAGUUUUUAAAGGGUUUUCGGUAAUAUUUUUUAGUUUAAAGCUCUAGUCUCGAAGCUAUACUUCGGUCGAGUGACUCGAGUCAGCUUGUAGACAUGAACUUUAGGUAAAUGCCUAUAAGUAUUUUCUUUUUGUCAGAAUUAUACGACUUGGAAACACCAUUUUAAUACAUUUGUUUCACAAUUAAUUUAAAGGUCUGUAUAUUUAAAGUCCCGAUGUAAACAAACGUUUUGUUUACAUUUUGAACUGCUAUACAAUAUGAAUAUCUAACACUUUUCUGGUUCGCUAUGCUUGUAAAUGAAUAUAACUGAAUAGUCUAACACUUUUCUGGUUCGCUAUGCUUGUAAAUGAAUAUAAACUCUACGUUUCAAUUCAAAAAAGUUGGAAAGAUUCAAAAUUUGGGCAAUGUAAACAUCUGGGGGUUCCCCCCGUCCUUUGUUUAUAUGAGCAGAACUGAUGCACAAAACGGCCUUUUAAACGGCAUCUAAAAUUAUCAUUUAAUAUUAUAUAUUUGAAACAUAACAAGUCAUAAAUUUACAUAGCAAGAAAUAAAACUAUAAUGUACUUUUCGUGUAUUUUUCCAAGGGGGUGCCACAAUUUUGCCUGGGGGCCCGGAGUUUUUGUACUAUUUAUUAUUAAGCUACAUGGUAUAUACAACACAAAUUGUAUCGAACUAAAAUACAAACUACAGUGUCAUUACAGUCAAAUGCGGUGUUCUGUUGCUGGCAACUUUACUUGUCUAACACCAGACGAUUUUACUCAUCAAUGGGAAAGCUAUGCAGUGUAAUGGUUUAACCAAAAAAUCUGACAAUGUCUCUAGUUAGUCCAUUGAACUGCAUUAUGCGCCCCAGUGUGCCCUACUUAUUUCUUUUAUUUGUCUAAACACCAGAUGAUUUUACUCGUCAAUGGGAAAGCUCUGCAGGUUAAUGGGUUAAAUUAACCAAAAAAUCUGACAAUGUCUCUAGUUAACCCCUUGAGCUGUAUAUAUGCAUCCCAGUGUGCCCUACUUAUUUCUUUUACUUGUCUAACACCAGAUGAUUUUACUCGUCAAUGGGAAAGCUCUGCACUAGAAAUCAUGUAUUUGUACUGGUCAACGACCGUGACUUAAGCCUUCAACUAUUACCGUAAACCUCCGAAUAUAAGCCCACCCGAAUAUAAGCCCCCCCCCAUGUAUAAGCCCACCACAUGUACUAACACUCACUUCAUUAAAAAUAUAAGCCCCCCCUCCCCCCGAAUAUAAGCCCACUUGUUCAUGAUCACUAAUGUUUAUCACUAUUACCACUAUUAAUGACUACAGUAUUAUAAUUAUACUAUGAUUAACACUUGUUUAUCACUAUUACUAUACUUGUUUAUCACUAUUACACUAACACAAAAGAUCGUCCAUGUGUAAGCCCCCCCCCCAUAUAUAAGCCCACCCUUGUAUAAGCCCAUCAAAAAUCGCUUACGAAAAAAUAUAAGCCCCUGGGGCUUAUAGUCGGAGGUUUACGGUAUUCAAUCAUGUGAGGUGGCAACAAAAUCUUGAUAUUUAUCCACUAAAUUAAAUGUAUACUGUCCCUGGAUAACUCUGCAAUAUUCUCCCCAUAACCCAUUAAGCUGCAUCGUCUGGCAUUAGACAAUUAAAAAAAAUAAGUAGGACACACUGGUCCCUUAAUGAGUAAAAUCACCUAGUCAAUAAUACAUAUAAUAAAGUUAGGAGCAUUGUAGCUAAUUAUCAGUUAAUCUUACUCAUUUUAGGCUGCUGCAAUUCAAUCAAGUCCAACGUAUAUUGUCAUUUUUGGAUGUGGUAAAAUAGUUCAAUUGGAUUUGCAGAUGAAGUACUUGAAAAGGUGAGUUUCAAUUACAGUAGUUGUGUAUUGUUAGCAAUGAAAGUGUUAUUAUACAAGAUGAUAUGAAAAUUUUCCUUCAAUGCGGUCGCCCUUAAAUUCCAUUUCACCCAAAUAAUUAUAAACUGUUUUUAUUGAUCGAAAGUAAAUUCCUUUGAUGAAAGGAAAGGAUUUCGACAAUUUUCAUAACGCUUGGACUUGUUUGAGGCAGUUUUUGGAUGUUUUUGAAUUUUUGAAAUUAAUUUCCUGUGGAAAAUUUCUUGUGAAAAAUUUCCCUUUGCAUUUGACCAAAAUUUUUUAAAAGUAACGUACAUGUUUUUAUCGAUCGAAAGUAAUUGUUUUGAUGAAAGGAAAGGUUUUCAACAAUUUGGAGAAAGUUUUGAAUUUUUGAAAAAUUUCCUGUGAUAAAUUUCCUAGGGUCCCUCUGUGGUCCCCCCUUUGCAUUUGUCCAAAAUUUUUUAAAUUGAUCUAAAGUAAUUCCUUUGAUGAAAGGAAAGGUUUUCGACAAUUUUCAGAAAGUCUGAACUAGUUUGAGGCAGUUUUUGAAUGGUUUUGAAUUUUUGAAAAAUUUCCUUUGGUCCCGCCUCUGCUAAACCUAGGGUACCUAUGGUCCAUUUGAUCAAAAUUUUUUAAGACAUGUUUUUGUCAAUCGAAAGUAAUUGUUUUGAUGAAAGGAAAGGUUUUCAACCUUUGGAGAAAGUUUGGACUAGUUGAGGGGUUUAUGUAACCUCGUGCCCUGAGGGAGAAGACCCUGGAUACGAGGUUGGGGUUUUUGAAUUUGUGAAAAAUUUCCUGUGGUUGCCCUUUCUACUAGUAUUUGUAAUGAAACAGCAGGGUUGUUGUCAUAAAACAGCAGGGUUUUUUUCAGGAUUUUCUCUUGGGUCCGUUUUUGCAGAGAAGAUUGAGUUUAGCUGAACAGCUGGGGUGGCUGCACCCCUACUGGAGGCUGACACAUGUACUCAAUAUAAUGUAGUUGAGACGGAAUGUAUUAAAGCAGGGGCACUAAGGGACACUAUAAACAUGUUUUUAUCGAUCGAAAGUAACAUUUUUGAUGAGAGAGAAGCUUUUUGACCAUAAUUUGGAGAAAGUUUGGACUAGUUUGAAGGGUUUUUGAAUUUGUGAAAAAUUUCCUGUGGUUGCUUUAAUAUAAUUGUUUAAAUACCAUAUAAUCAUAGAUGGAUUUUGUAGGGGGUGCAGUGGGUGCUACCCCACCCCCAAUAUUAGCUAUAACCCCCCAAAACAAAAUGUCCACCCCUCCAAAAAAAUUUUUACCCCCCCCCCCCAAUAUUCGGCAUAAUAAAAAAUAAUUAAAUAGUCCACUCCAACAUGCAGAGUGUUGAUGAUACAAAAGAAACGUCGGAGUACACUCAAAUAGAAAAAGACAGUGCAAUACUUUGAAACUAAUCGCUCCUCGCUUGCAUUCACUGGUUUAUUGCAGCAAUUGUAAAGUUUUGAAACACUAUUAUCUCCCCUGAAUAGAGUUGCUUGCAAAGAACGUUUGGAAUUUUUAUGAACAUUAUUUUUAGUUUUUAAUUCUUUUAGGAAAUAGACUUGCCUAGAUUUAAUCUUUACGCCCCAAAUAUUAUUUACAUCGGAGUUGCAUCAUCAAUUGUACUCUGAUUCAAACAACAUGUACAGUGUCAAUGACUUUAUAAAAGUAAAAGCAUAUUGUGUAUUGGCCUAUUGGGUUUACACUUUUACAGGUUCAUUAAACUUUAACUCCCUCAAAUCUCAACAGACAAUCGGACAUGCCAAAUCCAUUGAUAUGACAACUUCAAAAAACGUUUUUUCGAAGCUAGAAAUCAUGAUUUUUUAAAACUUUUUCAAGGGAUACUUUGUUUUCUGCUCUCUAGACUCCCCCUUGCGGAUCUAGUGCUCCACCCCUAGAAUAUAGACCUUACUGGGGUUAAGUGGUGACACUUUGUGUUGCUUCAGUCACCUGCUCACGGCUCACCCCCCUAAAAUUUCUGGCACCACCCCAGUAAAAAAUAUGAAAGUCCGUCUAUGCAUAUAAUUAAAACAUUGUUAUUUAACAGGGGCGGCGGAACAGAUUUCAUUUUGGGGGGGCUAAAUUUUUUUCUGUGACCUCCCCCUCCCCCCACCCCCCGUCGCCAAAAAAAAUUCGGUCAGUGUACCAUUUUAGAGGUACAAAAAAUUUUCCGGACAUAUACAGGAAAAGGGACGAAAAAAUUUUUUCCAGACCUAUAACAAAAAAUUUUUCCGGACAUACACUAUUAUUAAACAAAAUAUAGCAAAUUUUUACCCUUAUACCUAAAUUUUCAAAAAAUACCCUAAAUUUUUCCUUAAUUAUCAAAAUUUUUCCAGAAAAAACAGAAUUUCCUGGAGGGGCUAAGCCCCCCCCCCCCUCUGUUCCGCCGCCCCUGUUAUUUAAUAACAUUAUUUAAAACAGUGUUUUGAAAACCUAGUUUUUUAAAAAAUGUGUUAUCACUUCUCAGAAUGCUGCAAAUGCCAUUUCCAUGGUCCAAAUUUUAAAAAUUUUCGUGCCCCCCCCCCCAAUAUUUCCUAAAGUGUCUUCCAUUGUUCAAGUAUUCAAAAUGUGUUUUUUUUCAGGUGUGUUAUUUACAGCCGAAUACAGAAAUGCAGGAGAUAA